UUUAACAUUGGCCUUCACUUCACUCAUACCUGGCUUUUCAAACCAGGUGAAAAUAUUCACUGGCAAAAACUUCGAUCCAACGCAAUUAUGUGGAUCAAUCAUUUUUAUCAGUUGGUCCGAAAUUAUAUGCAUAUGCUUUAAUCAGCUUGUGAUAAAAAACUCCAGCAGGGUUUCACGUCGUUUAAAGGAGCUGGAGAUUUGCUUUCCCCAGUGAAUUUGGUCUCUGUUGCUAUAUGUCCUAGUAUGCAUGAUGUGUCUAUCAUAGUAAAGUAGCUUUCACAGCCGAUCAUCUUUUAAUACCUUCAUUCAUGUGUGUGCUUUGCCAAAAAUUAGGCCAACAAGUGUAGUGGAUUAUGUCUGAAGAAAUAUCUGAAGACGAACAAAGUCAAGGUUCAGCGAGAGAUGGGAGAAAAUCUAGAAAUUCAAUAUCAAAAUAUCAUGAUGACUUCUACAGCGAGAAUUAUGACUCUGAGCCAGAGGAAGGUAAAGAUGAUGAUGAAAAACAAGACCAACAUACUUCACAGUCCGAUCUUAAAGAAAAGAAGCUUCUCAAUAAGAGGCAAGGUCGUAGACCGACCAGCUUGAAAUCCACCAAAGGUUCAUCCUACGCCUCGGUUCCUCAUGUGAUAGAUGCGUCCAAUUUCGGAACCUCCUCCAGUCCAAUGCUUUCAAUCUUGUCUUACCAAACAUCUUCCAAUUGGAGCUCAACCAGAUCUAAUAGCGCCUCCAAAUUUGUAGCAGAUCGAAUAAAUUCUGCCAACCUAAAAGCCAAAAAGGAGCGGCUCAAUUCCAAAAAAGAGCUCCAAAGAGAAGUACAGGACUUGAGAGAGCAAAACCGACUCUUAAAUCGUACCGUAAAAAGGCAAGAUCUAGAAUUGAGUCGCUUGGGUGGAACCCGAGGCGAGCUACCAACCAUUCUACACGCACACAACGAAGAGGUCAGAGUUCUUAAGGAAAAGCUCAAAAAGAUUUCGGAAGUCAAAAGGGAUCUCAACCUUCGAUUGGAUCGCAAGGACGCUGAGUUGUUCAGGAUGAGAGAGUCUAAUAAGAAUCUUACGUCCUUGACUCAAACCAAGAAGCUGGAUCAAAGGGAGCAGCUUCAAGUAGAACUUGGAAAUGUUCAAGACCAAUUGGUUUUAAGAGAUCAAGAGAAUUCAGAUAUGAGGCACAAGAUUGCCAUCAUUGAAAAGAGCCAUCGGCAACAGAUGAACCAUUUGCGUGGGAAAUAUCAUGGACUGGUCAAGAAGAUGGAUCUAGCCAAACAAGAGAUUGAAAAGUUGAAGGAUGAUAUCAAGGAGAAAGAUAAACUCAUCCAUCGGAGCCACAUCUAUGCCCAUAGAUAUAACAGGAGGAGCAAUCAUAGUCGAAUGUCUGGAGCGAUUAGCAUGUUUAGCAUAAACACUAGGUCAGAUGACGACAUUAGUGAAAUUGAUGGAACCGAUAAAAAGGCUCUGGGUCACAUUUCGCCUGCAGUUGAUCGAGAAAAGGAUGAGCGGCAUUCUAUGACAAAAUCAGAGACUUCCGAAAGCCAAGAGAACCUCGAGAACCAAGCAGAUAACGAUGAUCAAAACGAAACUCAAGGAGAGGAAGGUGGACCGUCCAGGAAGAUGAUGGAUCGAAAAGACACGUUUGUGAGGGAGCAAAAUAUGGAUGAUGAUGAUGAUGAUGAUUCGAAACCUACAAAUGAUGUGGAAGCCCAUGAAUCACCUGAAAAAGACACGGCAAAAGUGGACGAAGAGUCAGGCAAUGGUGGGCCUGACUAUGACAAGUCAACAUUAAACUCGGAGGAGCAUGAUUUGAAAUCGGAUACCAAUCAACAAAUCUCGAGACGAGAUAACUCGUUCAUAAGCUCGAGGGAGUUCUUCCAAAGUAAUGGAAUCGUCAUACAAGAGAAAUCGUACCCCAAAAGCGAAGGAGCCAAUCAAAACGAGCCAAACAGCAACCAAUCCAGUGAAGAUUCGCCCCAAAAGACCGGAAUCCACGAAAUGUCCGAUGAUGAUAAAAUGGCACUCUGGAUGCCGAAAGGGAUGUCUUCAAGAUCUUCUUCCAUUGGCUCCAAUCCAAAUCCAAGCAGCAAAGGCACUCCCACUCAUGACAGCCCAUCAUAUCGGUCCCGAAGAGCUACAUUGGAUGAAAAGCCAUUAGACAGCUCGAAGAAAGUUGGACUUCUAGCCCAACUAAAUGACAUUGAUCAAUCAGGAUCCUUGAAACCAGCCAACGUGUAUGGGGAUUCAUUCAAAGCUGGAGGAUACUCGCCAUCUUUUGGUCCUGCCAUGAAGCAACAGGCCUCUGUCACGUUUAGCACAGACUAUGGAGAUGAGUUAACUAAAGGGAAAGGGGGCUUUAAGGCUCACGGAGACCUUGAUCAAUCAUUGAACUCGUCCAUCGGAUCCGUCAACUCGGUUGUAAGUCGAAAGACCAAUCUUAUGGAGGAACUUUUUGGUCCUGGGGCCAAAUGAAUAUUGAGUGACCACUAGUGAAACAAUAGAAGACAUAAAAUAAAGCCAGUAAUUUUUUAGUGACGGUUACACAAA